AUGAGUUCACACAUAAAUACUAAGUUGACAGAGUUGCUAAAAAGCGCAACGGAUGUCAAAAGCGCAAAUCAGGCAUUGCAUGAAAUGAAGGUGUUGAUUGACGCGCAUCCAAAUGACUUUUUAAUUUGCAGUGGAUAUGCCACAUUACUUGAGAAAUCUCGAGCCCCACUGAAAGUAAUAUUGACAUCAUGGGAAAAGGCACAUCAGCUCAAUCCAGAGGAUUUGCAGGCUUUUGAAAAGUUUAUUAAGGCGUUAAUGAAGUCGGGUGAAAAAAAUAGAGCCCUUAGCUUGAUAGAUAACUCGCCAUUAAUGAAAGUGCAUGAAUUGGCUAAUAAGUUAGCCUUUGCCAACUUAUUACAUGAAGUAAAAGAAUAUGAGCGAUCGGAAAUUGCUUUUGAAGAGGUAACGUGCGCUUUCCCUAAAAGUGACGAGGCAAAAAUAUUAUAUGCGCAACGUUUGAGAAACAGGAAGUUGCUAUUUAAAGCCAGAACGGUCAUUCAGCAAAUUGCACCUGAUGCUCCGUUGGAUAAAAAGAGUUUGGCUUUCGUUAUUGAAGUAAAGCGUGUUGCCGCAUUGUUGGAAUCAUUGGAAGGUAAAAGCCUCUGUGAGCAAGAUGAUUCUGCACUGCUUGCAAUGAAACAUGCAAUGCUCGUCUUCGAAAAUAGAGAUUUACCUGUUGCAAACAAUAAGUUUUUAGGAAAAACAGCCUUAAUUACCGGAAGUCUAGGUCCUGGUGGCGCUGAGCGACAGCUCACAAGGACUGCGGUUAGUAUCGAUAAAAAAUUUGUGAAUGGUGAAAAAAUCUCAGGUAUAGCAGUCACGGAACACAUGGAAAUACUUGUGAAGUCGUUUGAAUCUGAAAGGGACAAUGAUUUUUUCUUACCUUAUUUGCGAGACAACGACACUAAGGUUUUUCAAAUCAACGACUUAAGUCCUGUUGCCGUGAGUCGCUUAGGGAUAGAAAAUGAUGUUCUCUCUGAUUUGUUAUCCGAUGUACCCAAUCCAGUUUUAUAUGGGGUCAUGCGGAUGGUCGAGUAUUUUAGGCAAGCCAAAACACAAGUCGCCUUUAUCUGGCAAGACGGUGCAGUUUUAUUUGCUGCUUUGGCUGCGCUAAUCGCGGGGGUUCCAAAAAUUGUCUUAAAUAUGCGCGGACUUCCACCGAAUAUGAGGGCACACAUAUCACGACCUGAAUAUCAUGAAAUGUACCUCAGUUUGGUCAGGAUUCCCGGUGUUCAUUUUAUUACCAACAGCCGUGUAACCGCCCUUGCUUAUUGUGAUUGGCUGAAAACGCCUGAAAGCUUAUUUACCGUUGUUUACAACGGAGUUGCUCAGAUGGCACCUGAGCCAUGUCAUGAUGAUGAAAAAAUUUGGCAUGAUUUCGAAUUGCUUACAAAAGGAGCAACAGAGACGAUUGGUGCUGUUUUUCGAUUUGAAACAGAUAAACGUCCAAUUUUAGUUAUUAGGCUUAUUAGACAAUACUUGCUGAACAACCCAGACGCAAGAUUUGUUCUGGUUGGAGAUGGUCGUUUGUUCAAUAUGUGUUACGAACUUGCACAAAAAUUUGAAAUUUCCCAUCGAAUACUUUUUGCGGGUAGACGGCAAUCAGUUGGCUAUUGGUUAUCAAAAAUGAAUGCACUUGUACUCACUUCGCGGUAUGAAGGUUUGCCAAAUGUCCUAAUUGAAGCACAGUUUUUAGGUGUUCCUGUUGUUUCAACACCUGCUGGCGGCGCAGCUGAAUGUUUUAUUAACGGUAAAACAGGUUAUGUGCUCGACUCAGUUGAAGAGCCUGAUUUAUUGGAUGCAUGUGAAAAAUUGCACAAUCUUAUUGUUCAGUUUAAAAAAAAUCCGAAACUUAAAAGUGCUGCCAAACGUUUUGCCAACGAGCAUUUUUCAAUUUCUGAAAUGGUUGAGAAUACUGUUCGCGCACUGGUCUUGUGA